AUCCUCUACCCCUCGCCACCGAACAUUUGUUCUCAUCGCCAUGGCCAGUGGCUCGGCGUCCAACACAGAAGGCUCGGAGGUGGUGGAUCUUCAUGCUGACUCCGACGACCUGGUCACGGAGGUGGUGGACGUCACGGGGGGUUCGGACGAUGAAGACCUCGUGGAGGUGAAUAAGGCUGGAGCGCCGUUGUACUUCCACGGCUACCGGCGAGGUCGUGAGCUGGGACGUGGUGCAUCGGGCCAGGUCUUCCUGUGCCACAAGAAGGGCACCGAGGGCGGCGGCUUCGCUGUGAAGGCCGUGGAUUUGCGACGGCUCCACCUGCAGCCCAACGCCGAGCGCGAGGAGAAGAAGCUCAGUCGGGAGGUGGAGAUCCUGAAACGCUUGCCUCCUCAUCCCAAUAUCGUCCAGUUGAUCGAUACCUUCGAGGAAGGCGAUUGGUUUCUUCUGGUCUUAGAGCUCGUUGGAGGUGGAGACCUCUACACCGUCCUCACAACGCGCGAGCCGCCUCGCCUGCAGGAGCGGGAGGCCUCCUUUGUUUUAUCGCAACUGGCUGAGGGGCUCUCGUUUCUGCAUAGUCAAGGCAUAAUCCAUCGAGAUAUGAAGUUGGAAAAUGUCCUGGUGGCCAAUGAACGUCGAGAACGGCCCUUGGUGUUCUACACGGUGAAGAUCACCGACUUCGGGCUGAGCAAGGCCAUUGGCGCAGGCUUCAGCGAAGCGCGCUCUACGGUGGGUACAAGGCCUUAUACGGCGCCCGAGGUGCUGCGAGAAGAUUCGCAUGACUUCAGCUCGGACUUGUGGUGCCUGGGUGUGCUGCUCUUCGUGCUCCUGGCGGGGCAUUUCCCCUUCUCAAAGAUUCCCAUCAAACAGGAUGAGCUUCAGAGCCUUGUAGGGAAAUUGAAGAUCAGCGACCUGGCCAAGUCCGUGGUGCUGGGCUUGCUCCAGCUCGAACCCCAUCAGCGACUGGACCUUUCAGGGCUGGCGCGGCACGAGUGGAUGGUCGAGGAGGUCUUGGAGGAAGAGGCGGAGAAGCCAAAGCGCACACGUUCCACCUCCAGCUUCCAAGCCUCCGUGCAGGUGCCGCCCCCCAAGGCUCUGGAGCAGCGAGUGGAACCACCGGAAGCACCGCCCAGCGUCGGGCCAGUGACCGUGAAGCCACGCAAAGGUUCCACAGGGUCCAAUGGAUCGCAACCGGAGCCGCCUCCCCCGCCGCCGCCCCCCGAGCCGCCGGCGCCGCCGCCGAGCCCCAGCGGACCGAGUCCCACGGUCCCUGCCAUGAGCUCCUCGAAGCGCUCAGUCUCUUCCAUGCUCUCUCCUGGUGAAGUGCUUCCUGCUAGCUUGCAGCCAGAGGUGAUGCAAGUUCAUAUGGUGGUGCCCGACCGAUUGGCUGCAACCAUCAUGAACAAAAGCGGUCCCCAGCUGAAGCAGAUCUCCUCCACGUUGGGAUGCCAAGUGAGAUUGAUCUCGCGGAAGACAGUGAGGGAGCAGCGCUUGGUGGGCGACCAUCGGAUCGUCAUCAUCGGCAACUACAAUCAAUGCGUCAUCGUCCAGGAGUUGGUGCACGGCCGCAUGAUGCAAGCCAUGCGCCAAGAGGGUGAGGAGCCCACCGGCGAGACCUCAGUGAUGCUGUUUGUGAGGGCCGAGGCAGCCGGAGUGGUCAUCGGGAAGCAGGGCUGGGUCCUAGGAUGUGUCCGGAAGCAAAGCAACGCGCGGAUCAACCUGCUGCGCGAGGAGAUCCGCGGGCAGCGGCCCUGCAUCAUUGAGGGGCAACUGCCCAACAUCCUGAGAGCGGAAAAGCAUGUCUUCGACCUCGUUGCUGCCGUGCCUGUGGCCACCAACCCGCCUCCCAGUGCCAAGCGGCCCCCACUUUGCUCGCCCAGCACGCCCCGGGCUCCGAAUUUGCCACGUACGCGUUUGAGUGUGGAGCCGCUCCAGGGUGUGGUCAUGAGUUGGAAGGGUCUCAUCGGGUGGAUCCAGCCAGAGCAGCCGUUGAACCACCCGAGGGCCUUCUCUCGUCAAGGUCAAGUGUAUGUACAUGCCAAAGAUGUGCUUAACCAGGAGCCGUUAGCCAUAGGCCAAGCCGUGCGCUUCCACCUCUACGAGGAUCGGGCGGGGCUCGGCGCCGAUCAGUGCUAUGCCAUUUGAGCCCAGCGGAGCGCCGAGUGCCGCGAAGGCGACGACGCCGCGGACGUCGCCGGCAGGGUUUGGACAUGUUGAAAGCCAAGGACUGCGGAGUCACUGGAGGUCAAAAGGUGCCAAAACGAC